GCCGCCCAUACGCUAGCCCGCUACUACCAUUUUUGUAGAAUUGAACAGUUUCGUGUCAGGUUAUUGAGAAAUUGCGGCACACCUCUCAAGAUGUUAAAUCAAGCAAAGACGGAAGCACAGCUUUCGGCAAACUACGUUGGAAAUUACUUGGAUUGCGUAGAGGACUUACCGAACGAUUUGCAGAGGCAUUUGUCUCGUUUGCGGGAGCUUGACGUAUCUUACAGAGAAUGCGUCCGAGAUGUCCAAGCCCAGUUCCUGCUGUGUGGUGGAGCCAACCCUCAUGAAUAUACGCUUUCGAGAGCUUCUGUACAUCUACAAGCUAUUCUGUUGCGUGCUCAAGAAAUUGGAGAUGAGAAACUUCAAGAGGUUCAAAUGAUCCAAGAUCUUAUUGAUAAUAAACAAAGAUCUUUGGAUACUGACCAUAAAAAGCUUAUAUCUUGCCUUGAAGUUUAUACGAAUGGGAAUGCAAAAAAAGAGCCCACACCACCAUCAGACACAAUCAAUGAAAAAGAUUCGGGCUCCCCACAGAUCCGUGAGCACCAUGUACCUACACCUCCGACAGAGAGGACUGUGGAAAAAGAAAAAGACAAGGGUGAACAAGAUAAACCAGGAGGCGAGCGAUGGUCGAAGCGGACCCGGGGGACGCGCAACAAAACCAGCACCAUCACAGAUGGCGCUGAGAGCAGCGAGCGAGAUAUUUGUCGACAUGUUCCCAAUAGCAGCCACAAAAAAUGCGUUGGCAAGAAGAAGAAACCUAAAGCGCAUCAAGUGGCGCAGCGCUUGGAGACGCCGUCUGAGGAGGUGGACGCAAUCGACCCAGACGAACCACGCUACUGUCUCUGCGACCAGAUCUCAUUCGGCGCGAUGAUCCUUUGCGACAACCACCUCUGCCCCAUAGAAUGGUUCCACUUCUCCUGCGUCUCCCUCACCACCAAACCCAAAGGAAAAUGGUUUUGCCCCAAAUGUCGCGGCGACAGGCCCAACGUAAGGAAGCCGAAAAACCAAUUUCUUAAGGAGCUCGAGAGAUACAAUAAGGAGAAAGAAGAAAAAGCAUGAUGUUACGAAAACGGAGGUUGUUACGUUUGUGUAGACAGGUAGUUAUUAUUUGAGUUAAAAGACAAUUAGUUUUUGUUCGACAAACUUAAUUGUAGUUAGGAAACUUUAAGUAAUACUGUGAAUUGAUUUCGAUUGUAAUUUGUGAUUUAACGAUCCUUGUAUAAUGUGACAACGUUUGAAGUCUUAGUCCAUCGCACCUUUAGAACGAAAGUGACCCAACACAAAAUUCCAAAGUUUUGAAGUUGUGGCAUUUUCAAUUUAUUACUCUUGAAGUACUAAAGGUAAAAAUAAUAACAUUGAAAAUGUAGCCUUAAUGAGUCAGUUUCAAAUAAACAACCUUAUGAACAAUUAUUUUUAGAGUCGUUUUACAUUAUAAACAAUUUUUUUUAAUUAGGUCGCUUUCAUUCUAAAGUUGAGAUACAUUAAUUAGGUCAAUGUUGAGAUAUUAUAAGUUGUCAUCAUUAUAUUUGGGGUCUUAAAUAUAUUUGAGCGUUCUGAUGUUUUAAAUUUUAAAAUGUUUUAUAAACAGAUCCCAGGGAAUAAGACCAGGCCUAUAGGCUAUAAUUAUUAUAAUGUAUUAUGUACUUGUCUUACUUCAAGUUAUGAUAUGUGUUUUUUAAAUUAAUUGGUACUUGGUGCAACGGGCUGGUAUCGGCAACUCGACGACAAAGCGCCUAUUUUGCGUGUGGUUUUUUAAAUUAUUAAUAUUGUUUCUACACACAUCAACAGAAUCUGAGGAUAUUUUAUAUUUCAUCAAAUAUCAAAAAAUUUAUGAAGAAUUUUCUAAUACAGUAAAUGGAAGAAUGGUAGGUG